GGCCCCUCCCGCGCUCGAGUGCCGUUGAGGCGCGCGGGCCGUUGCGCAGCAGUGCCGCGGGGACUCAGGCCUGCCUCUUCUCAGCGCGCGGACGGGUCCUUCUUUUGGCGUUGCCAUGGCGACGGGGCGGCCUUUCGAGAUGGUGGUCUUCGGGGCCUCGGGCUUCACCGGGCAGUACGUGGUCCAGGAGGUGGCAAGAGUGGCCGCCGAGGAGGAGGAGGCGCGCGGCUCGCUGCGCUGGGCCGUGGCCGGCAGGAGCCGGGAGAAGCUGCAGGCCGUGCUAGAGAAAGCGGCCGCCAAGCUGGGAAAAACAGAACUGAAGUCAGAAGUUAGCAUAAUACUGUGUGAUGUCAGUGAUCCAUCCUCUCUUGCUAAUAUGGCUAAACAAACAGCUAUUGUUCUCAACUGUGUAGGCCCAUACAGGUUUUUUGGAGAACCUGUGGUGAAAGCUUGUGUUGAGAAUGGUACAAGCUGCAUUGAUAUUAGCGGAGAACCUCAGUUUCUGGAAGGAAUGUAUUUGAAUUAUAAUGACAAAGCUGCAGAAAAAGGAGCAUAUAUUGUUGGGAGCUGUGGUUUUGAUUCUAUUCCUGCAGAUAUUGGAGUAUUAUAUACCAAAAACAGUUUGAAAGGUACCUUAACAGCAGUGGAAAGUUUUCUGACUGUUAAAUCUGGCCCAGAGGGUGGCUCUAUUCAUGAAGGUACCUGGAAAUCCAUAGUAUAUGGUCUUGCUGAUCAAGAAAAUCUGAAAAAAGUUCGGCGCCAAAUAGGACAUAAAUCCAUUCCAGUGAUUGGAGCAAAACUUCAAAGGAGAGGUGCAGUGUUUUUUUGUAACGAACUCCAGCAGUAUUCCAUUCCAUUCAUGGGAGCAGAUGUCUCAGUGGUAAAACGGACUCAGCGCUAUUUGCAUACACAAGAGGAAGAAACUCCGGUGCAAUAUGCUGCUUACGCUACCAUUGGCGGUAUUGGAAAUGUCAUUAAGCUGAUGUUUGCUGGCCUUCUAUUUUUAAUGCUUGUGAAGUUCAACUUUGGGAGAAAACUUCUAGUAAAAUAUCCUGAAUUUUUUUCUGGAGGAUAUAUUACAAAAGAAGGACCAACAGAAAAACAGAUGGAAGGGUCAUCUUUUGAAAUGACAUUUUUUGGCCAGGGAUACAGUACUGGUAAAGAUCCACAGCAAGGAAAACCGGAUGUUAAAAUAUGCACUCGAGUGAAGGGGCCAGAGGCUGGCUAUGUUGCUACACCCAUCGCAAUGGUCCAGGCUGGUGUGGCACUUCUGAAGGACAAGAGUUCUCUUCCUAAAACAGGAGGCGUCUAUUCUCCUGGGGCUUUGUUCUCCAAAACAAAACUGAUUGACAGACUCAACAAGCAUGGGAUUGAGUUCUCUGUUAUUAGCAAGCCCGAAGUCUGAAAAAUCUUCUGAAGAGACAGCAUGACCAGGAAACCUUUGUGUAGUUACUUGUAGACCAAAAAUAAUAACAACAAACAUUUUAAAGGGUUGCUAAGUUUAAUAAAAUAUUUGCAUUCUAAUGACUACAUGUUCCAUACUAUUGUUUGAAAAUUACUGAACAUUUUAACUGGACAUACUGAACAUGUUAACACCACAUACGUUGAAAAAAUACUGUAAUAAUUAGUAGUGGUAGAACUAUACUGCUAGUUUAGGAAAGCUGGAAAUGAAACUCAUCCAACAUCAUUUCCAGUUGAAAGUGAGUUCUCACUAUGGUAAUCUAUAAUCUUUUCAGGUCUUUAAUGUAGUUCUAUAUAGCACUCUUUUUUGUUGGGAUUUGGUAAUCUGUUGGUGAUUAUACUGCAAAAUCUGUGCCUUAAUUGACCAAAUAUCUAUAGAUAGGAGAGGACACUUUUUAAGAUGAGUAAUACAUAGUAGUAAGGUUGCUUGAAGCAUUCCUAUAGUUUGCAUUAAACUUUUGGAGUAUGUAAUCACACAGGCAGAACUCUGUCCCGCUAUAGUUAGCAGAGUAUUAUACCCAGGAUCCCUUUUAUCCAGUGUUCCUUCAUAGACAAGUCAGCCUGUCUUCCUGAUAAGUAAGAUUGCAGUCAACUUUUACUUGGGAUUAAGUCUUAUUGACCACACAAUCAUAUUCAAGUUUAGUCAAAUAGUUGAUGCUAGAUCAAGUUAGAUCAAGUUUAGUUGAUGCUAAAGGGACAAAUUAAUUGUGCUUAACGGAAGUUUCAUGGGGUAUGGCACAAUCAGCUCAACUCACUUAACAAUGUUUUCCCUAUACUAAAUGUGGAAUAGGGAGGAUAUUUUUUUAAAAAAAUUCUAGCUUUAUAAUAUGAACGCCAGUAGCAAAGGAAUAUCUGAUACUCCAGUGGAGAUGAUCUCAUCAGGGGAAAAAAAGUACUAAAGAGUAAGAGAAAAAUGUAGCUGCUGUUACUUACCAUUGUUGUUCAAUACAAUAAAAGGAGGUUGCAAAUUC